ACUCUGUCGUCCCAAGGACUACCGGCCCGCCGCAGCCGGACGACCCUCUUCACCGGCUCCAGCUUACCUACUACUCCUCGGACAGCAGCCCAUUGAGGGAAGACCAGGCCACUACUGAAGUUGGCAAGGUCAAGUGGUGCCGAAACCUUGAGAAGCGAUGGACAAAAGGGCACAUGCAAACUCAUCAGAGAGCAUCGACAAAGUUACCGACGAAUCUCGGCCCCUAACUAUAUCUCUGUAUCUGCUCGCUAUGUCUAUUGGAGGCCGGGGUAAGGCGUCCGUCCUCACAAAACAGACAUCAUGUGGGCGGGAGCACCGACGACAAAGAGCAGCACUUGCGUCCACGAAAAGAGACGGGGCUAGAUUUGGAAUUAGGACAAUCUUUACUGCAGGGAGCGAGGUACGGUCCACAAAAUGGUCACUCGACUUCCGACUAGCAUAUGCCAAGUCCAUGCCUCCUACCAACCUCCUCCGUCCCCUCCCAUCUGCUCUGUUGCAAGAACCCUGCGAGCCCGUGUCGCGUUCUCAUCUGACCGGCCGGCUUGCCCUAUCCUCCUCCUACUACUACUACUCCUCCUCCUCCUCCCGUCCAGCACCAGUGUGCGGAUCCUCAGCUCGAAUUUCGGAACCGCCGAAUACGGACUUCCAGACCACGUUGGAAACCUGGGCAAAACAGCAUAUGAAAUUCGUGGCAUGGGUUGUAGAGCGCAUAUCCGACAUCCAGCAUCUCACAAAGUUCCUCCUCUGAAACUGAUGAUUCAACAGUCACUCAACCCAGCGUCAAGGCUCACUAUCCGAUCCAAAAUCCAGAUCAACAAUCGUGGUCGCCCGAAAUAAGCUCCAGGUCUUGACUAUUGAGAACCCCUUUUUGGCGGCACACUCCAUUAGGGAACACACGUCACUCCGAGAAUGUCCACGGCUUCUUGCUCUCAAGAUUCUCGCUGGGAAGUCUCAUUGGCACUGGGACAAUGCGAUUGAAUGCCGCAAGCCCCGCACUGCCUCUAUCCAUGACGGUGAAGAUGCCUGAACUUCCUCUCGUUGCAGGGAUUGGGAUAAUGACUCCGCAUUCCCAGUUUCUGCAGUUAAGUCUAGGCUUCUUGGUGGUCCUGUCCUGAACCAGUCGACCCCUGUCAAAUGUGCAUGUCAGCUUGAAGUCAUGGAUCGCCGAUCUCCACAACCUGCCUCUGUGCUUCACCCCCAGGUCACCAGGAGAUCGGAAAGAACGGAGACAACACCCGCCACCGACUGAACUUACCAAGCACUUUCAGAGAGAUUCGCACUACCCACAUACACCCAUCCAAUAUUUCCUGAUUGAGACUUUUCGACCGGUGAAGCAUAUCUGACGAACAGCAGCUAUGAUCGGAAUUGGGACGUUAGCCUCCGACAGAAGCGGGAUCAGUCAACCAGACUGGAUGCCUGUCUUUGAAAGUUUUGCAACGACUCGCACAUACCUUGUUGUGCAUGAGUAAACCCUCGCGAACACUAACACAAUCGUACAUAUUAGACCGGGGAAACUUUGGAUUGUUCCACCAUGCGAGGGAGAAGCAGAUUGUUCCCGCAUUGCGAGGGCCUCCUUUCGAUGUCCGGACCGUGUUGUCGCUUGGAAAGUAGAGGCGAAAAUUUUCCUUCCAGCUGCCCUGUUUGACGGGACCCCUUUUGUCCACCCGUCUGUUGUACUCCGUUAGGCCAUUGUCGCCGGAGGCAGCGAGGUGGAUGGACCUCAAGAAUUCGUCGUUCAGGCUGCCUAUUGACGAGGACACGUAGUCCAUGUGAAUGGGUCCUCGACUGGCCAAGCCAAGGGCGGUGAUGGUGGCACCGAGCCCGCAGAGACCAGUGGCCUGCCAU